CUCCGAUCCGCAGAAAAAGGCGCGCGGCUGUUUCGGGCUGUGAUGGUUUUUCUCUCCGUGACGUCGGAGGCUGCGUGGAUCCGCGUGGGGAUGAGAUCCAGGAUCGGAGCUGGUUUCCAGCUCUGUCGGUGUGGAAGCGAUCAGGAACCUCCAUCAUCAUCAUCAUCAUCAUCAUCAUGUUGCAGGAGCAUGAAGGAGCUUCCAGCCUGAUCCGCUGCUCCUCGGAACCAAACUCCGCUCCGGUUCCGGUCACGUGUUGAGCUCCUCGGAAAGCUUCCUCAGCCUGGCCCGGUUCGGUUCGGUUCGGCUCGGUUCGGCUCACCUUGAAGCAUGCUGCUCCUCCGCUGUUCUCUCAUCCUCCCUCUGCUCCUCUGGCUCCGGCCGUCCGCAGGGAAGAAGAAGCUCUACAUCGGAGCGCUGUUCCCCAUGAGCGGCGGCUGGCCGGGCGGCCAGGCCUGCAUGCCGUCCGCCCAGAUGGCCCUGGACCUGGUGAACGGGCGCAGCGACAUCCUGCCGGACUACGAGCUGGAGCUCAUCCACUUCGACAGCAUGUGUGACCCUGGAGAAGCCACCAAGCUGCUGUAUGACCUUCUCUACACUGAGCCAAUCAAGAUCGUCCUCAUGCCCGGCUGCAGCGGCGUCUCCACCAUCGUGGCUGAAGCUGCUCGGAUGUGGAACCUGAUAGUGCUGUCCUACGGCUCCAGCUCCCCAGCCCUGUCCAACCGCCAGCGUUUCCCCACCUUCUUCCGCACCCACCCCUCAGCCACCCUUCACAACCCCACCAGAGUGCGGCUCUUCAAGAAGUGGAACUGGUCCCGCAUCGCCACCAUCCAGCAGACCACAGAGGUCUUCACCUCGACUCUGGAUGAUCUGGAGCAGAGGGUGAAGGAGGCGGGCAUAGAGAUCAGCGUUCGUCAAAGCUUCCUCACCGACCCGGCUGUCGCUGUCAAGAACCUGAAGCGCCAGGAUGCCAGGAUCAUUGUGGGGCUCUUUUAUGAAACAGAAGCCAGGAAGGUGUUCUGUGAGGUGUUCAAAGAGAAGCUCUACGGGAAGAAAUAUGUCUGGUUCCUGAUUGGCUGGUACGCCGACAACUGGUUCAAGAUCAAAGACCCUGCCAUCAACUGCACGGUGGAGAACAUGACGGAGGCCGUGGAGGGACACGUGACCACCGAGAUCGUUAUGUUGAAUCCUGAGACUGUUCGCGGCGUCUCCAACAUGACUUCGCAGGAGUUUCUGGGUGCCUUGAUGUCGCGGCUCGGGGGGAAGAACCCAGAGGAGACGGGUGGGUUCCAGGAGGCCCCUCUGGCCUUCGACGCAGUGUGGGCCCUGGCGCUGGCCCUUAACAAGACCGUGGCCCCCCUGAAGGCCAGGGGCCGGCGGCUGGAGGACUUCAACUACAACAACCAUGACAUCACCUCAGAGAUCUACAGAGCGCUGAACACCAGCUCCUUUGAGGGGGUGUCGGGUCACGUGGUGUUUGACGCCCAGGGUUCCAGGAUGGCAAUGACCCUCAUUGAACAACUGCAAGGAGGCAGUUAUAAGAAGAUUGGUUACUAUGACAGCUCCCAGAGGAACCUCUCCUGGUUCAACAACGACGUUUGGAUCGGUGAUAAACCCCCGGCGGACCGGACCGUGGUUCGGGAGGAAUACAGGCUCCUGUCCCAGAAGCUCUUUGCAGCCGUGUCGGUCUUCGCCGGGCUCGGCAUCCUGCUCGGUAUCGUUUGUCUGACCUUCAACAUCUACAACGGCAAUGUGCGGUGAGUCCUCCACACACCGGG